AUGAAAGAGCAUCGCAUUCUAAGUGACGGACAGAAAUGCUCCAACUCAGAGCAAAAUAUUUUUCAAGCCACUCUCGCUCUGAAGGACCGAAUCGCCAGCCUCCGCCACCACCAUCGCGCCGGGAAGCUGAUCAGCUUCGAUCUCGAUCAUGCUUUCGAUCGGGUCCGGCACUCUUUUCUCUUCGGGACCAUGCGGUCGCUCGGCAUCAACGAGGACCUCAUCGUUCUUCUCUCGCUCAUUGCCAGCCGGUCCACCUCGCGGCUACUAAUAAACGGUCGUCUUUCUCGGCCGUUCGAGAUCCAACGAUCGGUCCGGCAAGGGGACCCGUUGUCCAUGCACCUUUUCGUGCUGUACCUACAUCCUCUCGUGUACAGACUGGAACGCGUGUGCGCCAAUGAUCUGCUGGUAGCGUAUGCGGACGACAUCAGUGUGAUUGUCACCUCUACGAGGCAAAUCGAUCAGAUGAAUGGGCUGUUUCUUCGCUUCGAGAGGGCUGCCGGAGCAAAAUUGAAUGUGCUGAAGACGGUUGCCAUCGACGUUGGGUUUUGCGAAGGCAGCACUAUUAACACCCAAUGGCUGCAAACAGUCAACACAGUCAAAAUUCUGGGUGUUGUGUUCGCGAACUCAAUACGUCUUAUGACAACACUAAACUGGAAUGCGCAAGUGGGAAAAUUCUCGCAGCUUAUGUGGCUGCAGUCUCUCCGAACGUUGACGCUGCAUCAACGGGUUACCAUGCUAAAUACCUUCGCCACAUCAAGGAUUUGGUAUCUCGCAUCCAUUCUACCGCCGUUCUGCGUACACACGGCGCAAAUCACCUCGACGAUGGGAACGUUUCUUUGGAGAGGAAUGGUUGCCCGCGUUCCAAUGAUGCAGCUUGCUCGCAGCAGGGAAAACGGAGGACUGAAGCUGCAACUACCGGCGCUAAAAUCAAAUUCCCGCCCAGCAAUUUCAAUAGAUCUUCCCGACCUAAAACUUAUCCUUUCAAACAUAUCCCAAAUACCUCACCAAAUCCAACAAAACCCCUCCGCCGAUCAAAUCCACCAGCAUUUCAUAUUGCAAACCGAAUUGCCAAGGGUGGAACGAAACAGUCCGGCGAACGACUGGCCACGUGCGUGGCGUAAUAUUGCAUCGAGGCGACUGACGUCGGCGCAAAAAUCCGAACUCUACCUUUUCGUGAACGAGAAGACACCUCAUCGGAAACUGCUUUUCGUGAUGCGGCGAGCUAACGACGAAAAUUGCACAUUUUGUGAUAAUGGCGAAACGGAAUCUCUAACCCACAAGUUCUGCACAUGUACUCGAGUCGAACCGGCUUGGACGCAAGAUGGAGGCAGCACAAACCCAACUUGUGGAAGUAACUUGCAAAACUAUUUUCAAACCCUCGCUCCACCACCUGGUACCAGCUGCUUUGCUCUGCACCGGGAUCGCAUCACUUCUAGGAGUCCAAUUCGAUGCACAAUUUCCCAUCCACCCGUGGCUGAUUUGGGUUGGUCCCGCAAUCCCGGGGCUCAGGUGUUGCAUUCCGGUUCUUCUUGGGGCUUUCUUCCAGUGUCGUCUUAUCUUGGACUCGCCGGGGAAAACUCGGCAAAGGAUGUCAAUUUGUCAGAGCAAAGUAGUUUUCUACGAAAGUGUUCGGAAUCGAUCGAUGGAAAUGGCAUAGAAACAAUCAAACUGCUUGAAACUAGUACCGCACUUAAUGUGCGAUUGCUUUCAGUUCCAUUUGGAGUUGGAAUCCAAGUCUGA